AUGCUACAGGGAGGAAGGAUUGACGUGACCGACAUCACCGCUCGCUCCAGAGAAGCUGCUUGGUCACAAUACUAUUACCCGGUCAACUCGGUGUCAGCUAGGAUGGAUGUGACCCAUGAUUCUUUCGAACUGGAAGCUCCUGCUGGGACGGAUAUCUGGAAAAAGCCGCCUAGCACCGACGUAUGGAACGCACCAAUAACCCGGGCGUCAUCUGGCCUCCUUCAGAAAUUCCAGUCCGCCCGUGUGACGUUCUGGGCCGACUGGACGGAACGCUACGAUCAAGCAGGCCUGCUCCUGGCGCUUCAGCGCACGUCGUCCACCACCUCCCCCUCCCCGGUGGAGAAGUGGGUGAAGACGGGCAUCGAGUUCUACAACGGCAAGCCGCACCUCAGCACGGUCGGGUGUGACCGUUGGGCCGAUUGGAGCAUCUUGCCCCUCACCGAGGGGAAGACCGAAAAGGGGGUGACGCUCGAGGUCGUGCGCGAGAGCGACGAGAACGGCAAGAGCGCUUGGAUCUAUCAAGUGAUUCUCGAUGGCGCCGGCAACGUAAAGGAGAAGCUGCCGCUUAGAGAGAUUUGCUGGAUCUUUGCAGACGAAGAUGAGAAAGGAGGCGAAGAGUGGGUUCUCGAUGUUAGCCCACUAGUUGCGAGGCCGGAAAAGUCAGCUAAGGAGUCAUUGAAAGCCAGAUUUGACGAAUUUGAGGUCAAAUGGCUGGUUUGA